AUGUCGAAUCUCGCUGAAAAAGAGCCGUUUAUUCCUACGGCGUCCGUAUCAACUUCUAUCACAUUAUCAAGUGAACAAUUCGACAAAUUAGUAAGUCGAUCUGCAAAAUCCAGUGGAAUAGCUAAUCCAGCUGCACUUGGUCUUGCUGCAUUUGCUUUAACAACAUUUGUCCUCUCAGCAUUCAACGCAGGAAAUUAUCUAAUCGAUAUUCGAUUAGAACCAGUUGUAUUACCUUUGGCAUUAUUUUAUGGUGGAUUAGCACAAGUUCUCGCUGGAAUGUGGGAAUUCAAAUUAAAUAAUGUAUUCGGUGCAACGGCAUUCACAAGUUACGGAGCAUUUUGGAUGUCAUUCGCCGGUUAUGUUCAUAUUAUUGUACCGCAUAUCAAACAAUACGGAAAUGUGAAAAAGGCAACAAGUCUUUUUCUUUUAGCUUGGUUCAUAUUCACUCUCAUCAUGAAUGUUGCUGCUUUGAAAGUAUCAAAAUUUUUAUUGGUCUUAUUCACCAUAUUAGAUGUCACGUUCUUGUUACUAUUCCUCGGAAAUUUUUUCAAUAUUCCUUUAAUUGUGAAUAUUGGAGGAUGGUUUGGAAUUCUAACAGCAUUCGUCGCUUGGUAUGGAUCUGCCGCGGUUGUUAUUAAUUCAACUUUCAAGCGACAAGUCUUACCCCUUGGUGUUUAUUCUUAA